CGCGCGCGCACCGGCCGACGGUUAUGUCAGAGCCAGAGCCAUCGGAGAGAGCCGCCAAACCAAACUCGGUCCAGGUCCAGGCUCGGGAGUUGGAGGGGGUUCGGUGGAGAGGUCGAGCGUUAGAUCGAAGCGCUGCUGGAUACCCGGUCCCCGUCGAACAUCGAACUAUUCUGUUCUAACAGAAAGUAUCAGUGCAUUGUGGAGCUUUCGAGAAGAAGGCAACGAGCCAUCUGCGCAUAGGGAUGGCCGCCAUGGCCGGGCGGUCCCUGCUGCGUCUGCCGGCGUGGCCAAGCUGUCGUGCGGCAUCCAGUCUCCCCCAGGAGGCCCGGGUGGUGGUGUGCGGGGGUGGCGUGGUGGGCUGCUCGGUGGCCUACCACCUGGCCAGGGACUUCGGCGUCACCGACGUGGUGGUCCUUGAGAAGGACGUCAUUGGGGGCGGCUCCACCCGACAUGGUGCUGGCAUCCUAAGCCAGAUCAAGGCGACCCCCCUCGAGAGCCGGGUCUGCAAGUACAGCAUUGCACUCUACAAAGAACUGCAGGGCAGCAACUUGGAAACAGGAUGGAAGCAGUGUGGAAGUCUGCUGCUGGCCAGGACUCGUGAGCGUCUCUUUUCCUUCAGGAGACUGGCAGCCAUGGCAGCGGCGUUCAACCUGGAGUGCGAGCUGUGGUCGCCGGCCGAGGCCCAGCGCAGGGCUCCCAACAUCACCACCGACUGCCUGGAGGGUGCCCUGUGGGUGCCCGGAGACGGUGUGGCCGACCCCUCCCUGGUGUGCCAAAUCCUGUCCUCCCAGGCUGCCGAGAUGGGUGUCCACGUGGUUGAGGGCUGCUCAGUGGAGAAGACGCACAGGCGCGGCCACGGUCACCUCGUCCACACGAACCUGGGAUCCAUUGCUUGCGAAUAUUUCGUCAACUCCGCCGGCUAUCUGGGGCGUCACGUGGGGAAGAUGAACCAGCCGGAGGUGAAGGUGCCCCUGUACCCCUGCGAGCACCAGUUUCUGCACACCAUGCCCGUGCAAGGCAUCGACCCCGACAUGCCAGUGAUUCACGACUGUGAUGGCCACUUCUACCUGCGCGUGCGCGGAGGCGCCUACCUGGCCGGGGGCUUCGAGCCACGGGGCAAGCCCGUCGACCUCAAGGACCUGGGCACCCUGCCCGAGGACUGGGACCAGUUCUACGUGCUGCUGAAGGAGAUGCUGUUCCGGGUGCCCAGUCUAGCCAACGUCCAGGUGGACAAGCUGUACAACUGCCCCGAGAGCUUCACCGCCGACAGCCGCUGGAUCAUCGGAGAGGCUCCAGAGGUGAAGAACUACUUUGUGGCCUCCGGGAUGAAGUCUGUGGGCAUCGAAGCGGCAGGGGGGCUGGGCCAGGUGACGGCCGAGUGGAUUGCCAAGGGGGAGCCCAACCUGGACCUGUGGGAUAUCGACAUCCGCCGCUUCAUCGGGACCCACAACAAUGGACAGUUCCUCAGAGACCGCAUGACCGAGGUCCCCGGCAUGCACUACAAGCUGUGCUAUCCCUUUGCGGAGUUUGAGACUGGCCGGGAUCUCCGGAUGUCCCCCAUCUACCCGCGGCUCAAGCUCGCCGGGGCCGUGUUCGGGCAGACCAUGGGCUACGAGCGGCCCCACUACUACACUUCGAGCGACCCCUUCUUGACGCCAGGUCCGGACGAUGCCCCCCCCAAGGUGGAGGUGUACGGGAAGCCUCCCUGGUUCGACGCAGUCAAGUCGGAGUAUGAGGCGUGCCGCGAAAGGGUGGCGCUCCUCGACUACUCUUCUUUCACGAAGCUCGAAGUUUGGUCGCCAGGCAGUGAGGUGGUGGACCUCCUGCAGCACCUUUGUUCCAACGAUGUGGACAUCCCCGUGGGCUCCAUCGUCAACAGCGGCAUGCAGAACGAGUGGGGCGGCUAUGAGAACGACUGCAGCCUCAUCCGACUCGAGAAGAACAGGUACCUGAUCAUUGCGCCCACCAAGCAGCAGAUGCGGUGCCAGACGUGGAUCCGGCGCCAUGUGGCACCCGACAGCCCCAUCGUGGUGGCGGACGUGACAUCCAUGUACACGGCCAUCUGCAUUAUGGGCCAGUGGGCCCCCGACCUGAUGGCCGAGCUCACAGACUGCCCGCUCGGCUCCAAGGACUUUCCACUCUUCACCUGGAAGGAGCUGGACAUUGGCCUGGCCAGUGGCAUCAAGGUCUGCCACAUGACCCACACGGGCGACAGGGGAUGGGUGCUCUACAUCCCCAACGAGUAUGCCCUGCACGUGUACGACCGCAUCCUGCAAGUGGGGCUCAAGUACGAGAUCCAGCAUGCGGGCUACUUCGCCAUGAAGACGCUGCGCAUCGAGAAGUUCUUUGCCUUCUGGGGCAAGGACCUGGACUGCACCACCACACCCUUCGAGUGCGGACGGGCCUUCAGGGUCAAGUUUGAUAAGGACUUUGUGGGCCGGGACGCCCUGUUGCGGCAGAAGGAGCAGGGGGUGCGUCGCCGCUACGUGCAGCUGCUGCUGCAGGACCACGACCCGGACUGCGACCCCUGGCCCUGGGGCAGGGAGCCGAUCCUGUGGGAGGACCGCUGCGUCGGCUUCACUUCCUCCACCUGCUACGGGUUCACCCUCGGUGGCCAGGUCUGCCUGGGCUUUGUGGAGAACAGGGACGAGAAGGGCGUGCCCCAGACAGUCACCAACGACUUCAUCCUCAAGAACGAGUUCACCGUGGACAUCGGCGGCCACAAGUUUGCCGCACGCGCCAACAUCCACUCGCCAUCUCUGGCCUACAAGACGACCUCUCCUGACCGCCUUUACCUGGCCACGAGGUGAAGACCGUCUUCCAGGGACGUCGAGCUAGACCAGACGCGGGUUUCAAGCAUCCCCGGUGGGAUCCCGUCGUGUAGAGUAGAGAACUAAUUUAUUUGAGCUUCCUCCCCAUGGACUCUGUGCAUUGGCCACCCGGAAGGUGGUACCUUUCCUCUCAAGUUUGCAGUGCUGUCUAUUUCGGAAAAUAAAAUGAUGCCGACAUCCC